GCUUUCGGGACGAUCCACCUCGACAUGGCUUGUAUGGGGUGAUACAGCUGGGAGAGGAUGGAUCGAGAAGAGGGUGGGGGAGGCAUGGAUAAAAAGAGCAUUUACCCCUCUCCCAUGCAUUGCCCCUGGAAUGGACGAAAAUAGAUAGCAUAUAGUAAUUUGUAAAUAAUAUGCUGCAUCAAUCAUCAUUUUCCGCCGUUAACUGCUCUAAUUCAAGUUCAAAACGCUAUCAUCAUACCUGUGUCAGCAAAGGGGAUAAUGGACAGGCUGCAAUUAUUCAUGCUUGUUGUCAUGGCAACGUUACUCAGCCUUGUAAUGCCAUCUGAUGCCGGACGCAGAGAUGGGUGCAGAUAUUACAGGAGGAUGUGUAAACACGAAGGAACACGCUAUGAACGAUGGGAUACAUGGUCCACCGAUGAUUGCUAUGACUGUACGUGCCUCGGGAAAGGCUAUGGAUAUAAAUGCUGCCAGGACUUUUGGUUACCAAUGAUAUUCGAUGAGAGUCAAUGUGAAGCCGUCUGGGACAAGGAAUCCUGUUCCUACUCGGUUGUGAACCGCAACCCGGCCGACACGACACCUUGUGAAAUCUUCGCUGGAAUUUUGAAAUAGAUAUAGCGCCAUCUAUAGACAACCUCUGUAUAGUACUGAUGAUAAUUUUUAUUCUUAAGUUAACCCACUGAUAUUUAUCUUUCUGUUAAUGAAAAAAGAUGAGUGUGCUAAACGGGAAAAUACAUU